CAGUGUCCACACAUUUCAAAGGCCGGAACGCACGCGCCGCGGUCGGUAACAGACGUUCACGUGAAAAUGAAAUCGCAAUUCUAAAUUAAUUAAAUUUUUUUUUUCUUCGCCCUUUAUUCGAUAUUCUACUAGUUAUACUAUACUAUAAUACUUCCGAUAUUUUUAUUAUUUUUUUGUAAUUUUUUAAUCGUGAUUAAAAAUGAAGUUUUUCCUACACAACGUUCCCAGUGUUUUUCUAAUGUCGCUUGUGCUCCUGGCCAACGCACAAAAAUCUUCGAAUAAUCCUCGUGACGUCGAUUUCCAAGAGUUGGCGCGCCAGAACAAAAUCACUACGCAGAUACUGGAAGCGUUUAUACAGAAGAAAUUGGGAUUAGCGAGUCCAAACUACAGGGCACCAUCUAUAUUCGACAUUCUGCCUGGGAAGAAGCCAGAAGAUCGACCAAUACGGCAAUCUCUGGUCGAUCGCUUGAAAGCACCCUCACCUGAGAGUACAGAUAAUGAAGAAAAUCAAGAUAUGAAUGAAGAGGUGGAACAAGAGGUAGUAGAGGUCCCAGAAUAUACCGACUUUGACGCUCUACAAAGCGUGGAGAGCGAACAGAUUGAUUCAAUAUACUCUGAAGGUAGGAGUAAAAAGUAUUCCAGCCAGUCGCUUGACGCGGAUUUGGAACCUAGCUAUCAUUGUUCAAGCUGCAACGACGAUGAAUUAGGCGUAACAAGAUGGACUAUGCCUCUACUGAAGAGCGGAGAAAAACGUUAUUAUUUGGGCAUUUUCUUUAAGGCAAACUGGUUCAAAGCGCAACAAUACUGCAGGUUCCACGGAAUGCAUCUAGCCUCGAUUUCGUCACAAGAAGAGAACGACAGGCUUGAGAAAUACGUCAGAGAAUCAGGAUACGGCCGCGAGCAUUUCUGGACAUCAGGUACCGAUUUGGCUGAAGAAGGCAAUUUCUUCUGGAUGGCCAACGGUCGGCCACUCACAUUCGUCAACUGGAACGCCGGCGAACCAAACAACUUCAGAUACGAAAACGGAGAAGAAGAAAACUGCCUGGAACUAUGGAACAGAGACGACAAAGGUCUCAAGUGGAACGACUCCCCUUGUUCCUUCGAAACGUACUUCAUUUGCGAAGUGAGGUCCGAUUGAUAAUGUUAUAGUGCUGGACACGACAUGUUAUACAGGGUGGUUACAUUUUUAAAUGGAAGUUAAAAUUAUAUUUAGUGGAAAUGGUUGUGUCGUACAUUUUUAUUGACAAUUUUUAAUAAUACUUUUUUUACGAUGAUACAUACUGUAACGUCACAAAUUAUUUUAUACUGUUUUGUUAACUUUUACGUGCCGACUCGAUUAAUAGUUCUGUAAAUUACUACUCAAAAACUGUACAUUGUGUUCAAAUAGUAGUUAGGGUUUUAUUUAAACCAUGUUUCGUGUCCUUAGCACAAUCUUAUUACAAUUCAUUGUUUUGUUGUGAUAUAAGAGUAGUGUGCUAGAUGUUAAUCUUCUAUUUCAAGUAAAUAAGAUGGAAUAGAAAUGAUUACGGUCAGUACUCAGUACAUUUGUAAUUAUGUGAUACAAUUUCUUCGUACAAGGAAGAAGUUGUACUGAUUGUAGAUUAGGUAGGGUUGUUAUUUAUUAUUUGAUUGCAAAAAUACCAUCUAUUGACUAGAACUACCAAUGCUGAAAUGAGGAUAUAAUAUUGAACAUAUCUCUUAACACAUAGACAUUUUCACAAAAUUUCAUGUAGGUAUGCGUAAUAUAAUAUCGCUAUUUUUAGUAUUGGUAGCAAACAUUCGUCAAUGUGCAAUGUAUAUGUAUCAAUAAAAUUAGAUUGUGGAUCAAAAAAACAUAUAUUAUGAUAAGUUGUAACGGUCACUGCCUAUGAUCUUGUUACCAGAGCUGUCGCAGCUCGAAGGACACGUGUGUCCAUAGUCAAACUAGUGUUAGUACAAGUUACCUUGUGUAAAAAUAGUUUUAAGGAAAAAUAAACGAAACUUACGAGUUA